AUGGGAGUGGAUGUUCCUGUGGCGUCCUGGUGGCCGCUGGAUGCAGAUGGUCUUGAGGCGGCGCGCCAGCGCUGGGUCGAGCUCUUCCCUUCCGAGGCACUGGGGGCCGAGGAGAUACGCCGCUUCUACGGGCGUCCGAUCUCUGACGGCGAGGUGGGUGUCUUCCUGAGCCACCGCGCUGCGUGGACCACGGCGCUGAGCGCGCCCUUCACGCUGAUCCUGGAGGACGAUGCGGUGCCGAUGUCGUUCCUCCCCCCAGCAGGGCCAAACGGAGACGUGGAAGAGGAGAGUGAGGCGGCGUUCUUCCGCCUCUGCGCCGCUCGCUGGGCCUCCGUCUGGACGGCCUUGACGGAGGCCGGGGCCGACCUGGGCCAGCGAGGGCCCUGGGACAUGCUGUUGGUGGGCAGGCACAGGUUCGGCGAGGACCGCCCUGUCUCUGGGGAGCACGACCUGGUCGAAGCCGGGUUCUCCACGUGCCUCCAUGCCUAUGUGGUGACACGCCACGGAGCCGAGCGCCUCUUAGCGCUCACGGCCCACAGCGACGAGGAUUCCCUGGGUGUUGUGAUCCCCAUUGACGACCUCCUGCCGGGCAGGGUUGUGAGUGAGAGAUAUUUCCGCGCGACUGUGGCCUUCGUGGCAUUGCGGGUUGCGUGUGGUCCGGCCACCACCCACGCGCAGAUGUCGAGGCCCUCGACACUGAAGAAAGAGCGACACGGCUCUGACGAGGAGCGUGGGUCCCUUGCGCCGGCCGCCACGGGCGCCCGCAGCCCCGUCGCCCCUCGCGACGAUGCAUUCGGUCGCAGCACCUGGGCCGGAACCAGGGCCGAGAAGCCUGCCGCCGGGCUGGCCACGGCGGACUUCCGUCGCCUCUUUGAGGCCCUCCCGGGCGCACCCGUCGUCCUCGAGGGAGCCACCGACUUGGCCUCGCCGCAUGGCGGAAGCCCUUGGCCCACCUCUCAGCAGCUCUCCAACCUCAGGGCCUCCCUGGCCUCGCGCGAGUGCCGCUGCCAUCUUCAAGAGGAUGCGCUGGCACUGACAUCGGGGCGGACAAAGCUUUCCGUCAUCCGACUUCCUUUCGACAAAUACCUCCACUACAUGGACACUCACGAGGAUGCCGAGCCCUUGUACCUCUUCCAGGAGUUCGACCCGGACAUUCGAGAGGCCGUGGACAAAGACUUCCGCGCCCCAAGCAUCUUUGCAGAGGACUUUCUCUUAGAGGCGGAAGAGCCGCCAGAGGGCUUCGUUGGCCUCGACGGCUGGCUGCUGGUGGGGCCGGAGAGGAGCGGCUCGCGCUGGCACUUUGACCCCUGGGGCACGGCCGCCUGGAACCUGCUCUUCGAGGGCGAGAAGCUUUGGGCCAUGGCGCCGCCCACAGGGUCGCCCCCGGGUGUGGAGGCACAGACGCUGGAGUCUAGCCUGUCUGGCGAGUCCGCUCGGCGCUACUACGCCGCCCCGCCGGCCCUGGCCGGGCUUCUGGCAGCGCUGCCUGGGAGCCCAAACGCGGAGAAGCUCCUCUGGGCAGUGCAGCAGCCAGGAGACCUCGUGUUUAUCCCCAGUGGAUGGUGGCAUUGCACGGUGUCGCUCUCCAAGACCGUGGCCUACACCAGGAACUACAUCAACAGUCACAACUUCCUUCGAGCGCAGGGCUCGCUGAGUUCGCUUCAUCCGGCCAUGGCGGCACAGUUGAAGCGAUGGAUAUGGCGUCUCCACAUGGACGAAGACGAGGAAGAAGGCGACGACCGGCGUGCCUGGUUGCUUUUUACAAACAUGGCGAUGCGAAGAGACGCCAUUGAAGCCCGAAGCGCCGACAAAUGCCAAGCAAAGCUCGCAUCACGGACCGCGGCGUUGCUCACCUCCAGCUCGGCUCAGGUAGGCGCUCAGAUCGACGAUGUGAACUACAGCUGGAUGGUUACGUGCAACUCCGACAACGAGAUCGUGGUAGUCAGCCACUUCGCUCCAGGCUGCAUGGGCACGUCCGACGGAACCGACCGCCAAUCCGGGACAUACACGCCCAACCUUGCCGGCUGCACAAACCCCAUGUGGAUGGAAGGGAGGGCGAGCAUGAACGCCACCCUUGAUGCCGGCGACUGUGGCACCACUACAACAACCUCGACCACGACCACGACGACAACCGGAAAUGACACGACGACAACUGGAGCAUCAACUUCAGCAGGCGCGGCAGCUACAUCAGGAAGCAGCGGCUGGGGCAAUGUUCUGCCUAACCUUGUGGCCAUGUCCUUCCUGGCCAUGUGUUGA